AAAUGGGAAAUGAAACUUGCCGCCGAUGUCUCCUGUGACAAGGUGUGUCUCUCUGUCUCAAAAUGAGACAACCUGCACGAUGACACAGACGUGUGGUAUGCAAAGAGGCACCAUGUCAUUCAACCGACCCAGUCAAGGAGAGAUGCUUUACUGGAGUCAGUUCAUCUUCCCCUGAAGUUCCAGACUCGCCGUGAGCUUUUGGUAGCGAUGGCAUCGUCCCUGAAAAGCGUUUCAAUCACUUACGAUGCAGUAAACGAGAAUAACACCUUCACAUGCGGAGACGUGAUCUCGGGGCGUGUCGCUGUGGUGCUCGCCAAGGAAUCAAAGAUCAAGACGCUUUUGGUGAAAGCCAGGGGAGAAGGUAAGGUCCAAUGGAUGGAGAGCUAUGACCAGAACACACUGUACCAGGCCAAGGAGAAAUACCUCAAACUGGAUGACGUCAUCAUUAGUGGCCAAAAGGGAAAAGAUGUUGUCCUGGCUGCUGGGAGCCAUGUUUUCCCGUUUACGUUUCAGAUUCCCCAAGGGAACAUGCCAUCUUCCUUUAAAGGAGCUCAUGGAAAAGUGGAAUACAAGCUGGAGGCAAAGCUGAGCAGGUCUUGGAGGAUCCCAAGUAAAUCAGUGUCCAUGUUCAACUUUGUUUCAAAGCCUGAGAUGAGCAUGGCUCAGCUGAUGUCUCCCCAGUGUGAUAUGGUCAGGAAGGAUUUUUUCCUCUCUGGGAAUGUUUCCAUGAACGCCACCAUGACCCGGAUGGGUUACAUGCAAGGUGAAAGGUUAAAGGUGACGGUGGAAAUCGACAACAGCUCCUCCCAUAAACUUGUGCCCAAGUUCUCAGUGAGUCAGAAGCAGAGCUUCUCUGCUGGCGGAUCGAGAACCUCUCAGAAGGAGGUGGUCCUGAAGGAGGCUGGAAAGCCCAUCGCCUCUAGAACAUGGCAAACCCUAACGCAGGAGCUGAGCAUACCUCAGGACCUGCCCGUGUCUGUCCUGAACUGCACCAUCCUCAGAGUGGAGUACAAGCUGCGGGUCUUCCUGGAUGUUCCUUGUGCCAGAAGCCCAAAGAUCAAAUUCCCUUUGGUAGUUUUUCCCGCUGAAUCUCUCCGUGGUUUGAUGCCCCCUUCUGACGUACCUCAACCAUGGUGGGCAGUUGGCAAUGGUGACAAAAAUCAGGAACCUUCCCAGCCUGCCGCUGGGCCGCUGGCGCUUCACGCCGCCCCUGGCCAAUCUCCAGCGGGUGCCGCUGCCCCCCACGCCGGUCCUCCAUCUGCACUCUGGCCCUGUCUCUCACCACCUCCACCCUAUUCUACUCUAAGCCGGUUGCCCCCCCAGUCUCACCCAGCAGCACCUCCACCAUAUUCUGCUCUGGAUCAAACUCACCCUGGAACGCCCCCCCUCUACCCUACACUGGGGCAGCUGCCAGCCCAAGCUACCCCAGGUGCAAACACUGUGGGCAAUUCCCCACGAGGCCGUGUAGAGGAAGCCUCCCACUAGGAUUGGGGGGGGGGGGCGGUUCAGUACAUCACUGCCAUGGCCGUGUGCCUCCAGCAUUUGCAGUUUUGUUGUGUGCAGUUGAAAAUCUCAGUGACUCAAGGAUGAAUUAAUGAUAAUGUGGCUCUUCUGAAGUUUCCUGUAGGUUCUCCGAUUUUCCCCCCACCGUCCAAAAACAUACUGAGGCUAAUUGGAGUUACCAAACUGCCUGUAGGUGUGACUGGUGUGAGAGUGACUGGUGUGAGAGUGACUGGUGUGAGAGUGACUGGUGUGAGAGUGUGCCCUGUAGUAGGUGCUCCAUCCUGGGUUGUUCCCUGCCUUGUGCCCAUAGCCUCCGGGACAGGCUCAGGACCCCACCCCCGCAGCUCUGAAUAGGACGAGCGGUUUUCGAAAAUGGCUGGAAGGAUGUUGCCCUUCAAAGUUCAUCAGAAGGAUUUUUAGUGGAGCCUUUUGGCCUUUUGGCCUCCCUCUGUUUUACAUGUAAGACCCACUGACUCGAACGUCUGCUGCUCUGUUUGCUAGAUCUAUAGGCUUUUCAUAAACUGCAUCAUAAACGCGAUGGUCCUACAUCAUACAGCACAGCAGUUUGCAGGAAAAGGACCCCAGAACGGAAUUAAACCACCCAAUGUGGUCUGCAACUUCAAUUUUUGUAGGUAGUCUAUAUUCACACUUUAUUUAUUUAGCAGACAAUUUGCCCAAAGCGAUGUGCAUGUAGGAGAGCAGAUGGCCCCUCAACCAGGGACUUUGCUGAAAAGCUUUUGCCAGAAGUGGGAUUCGAACCCACGCCUCCAACUGGAGAGCAGAACACCCAUUGCAAUGGAAGGUUCCAAACCUUGAGUCUGGCGCCUUAGACCUCUCGGCCAUCCUGACAACCAUGAAUGGCCAAUGUCACACACAACCUGAAGUAUCAUAGGGUUAGGGUUAGGGUUAGGGUUAGGGUCAGCCAUCAGACGGGGCGGGGGUGGUUAUACUAUCUCAGUAUUAUUUGUACUGCAAGGAAUGAGCUACAUCAUGACAACCCAAGAUGUUAGUUUUAGUGUGUUACCUAGAUAUUGCCUGUUGAUGGUUUUAUAAGUGAGCGGCCACUUUAUUAUGGUCGGCUGGCGCACUGUGAGCUGCAUGAGGGCCUGUUCAGGAAGGCAGAAGCUCUUCUGACCGACGCUGCCGUCGUCAUGGCACAUAGCCGCCCUGCACUCUCUCUGGGGCCUGAGCGACGCUUUUCAGAGGCCUGCUGACGUUUUUACUUUGUUUUGCGCUCUGACCUAAUUAGCGUCGGUACUGGGAAACUGAGCUCCGCCGGAGAGCGUGCCCGCUACCCUCCAUCAACCGUGUCCUCCUCUCUCGCUCCUCGUGCAAAGCUGUGCUACAAACUUGCCGAGAAUCCAUUUCCUCUCACAGUAGGUGUCAUGAUCAUUUAAUUCCACGCUUCUAUGUGUGGCCGCCAUUACUGCUGUCGCUUUACUGUUCAUAUCCUAAUCAAGGGUGAUUUGUACCCAUUUCUGGAAUAAAAUGUUUACCGAUGGGAUGUACUGAGUGCAGCGAUGCCACAGGCUUGGCUUUACUGCUCUCACAUUACCAUGGCGAUUGAUUACCAGCCACAGAUGACAAAAAAAAAAUCCUGCGAUAACCCAGUUGUAAUGAUUACAUUGUUAAGAAU